UGGGUGCUGGGAAAACUACACUGCAAUAAUAAUACACCAAACUUAUUUUUGUAUUCUAGCUGCAAAGAACACUGCACAUAAUAAUAAAAAUGGCUGAGGGUUCUGGCAAGGCAACCGCUGAAAAAAGUGUGCGACCCAAGUCCUCUAAGGCAUGGGAGCAUUUUACUUUAAAUGCUGCAAAGAAGGUUGUAACCUGCAAAAUUUGCAAAAUGCAGCUUGUGUGGCACGGAAGCACGACCGUGAUGAACGAGCACAUGAAAAGGAAACAUGUGGGCUUCACGGAGGAAGGUGAAACAUCAGGACGGUACAAACAGCGUACCAUGACAGAAUUUGUGCAGCAAAAUCCCCAGUGCACUCCACAGCAAGCAACAAUUAUAACCGAUUCCAUUCUGAAAAUGCUGGUCACUGACAUGCGGCCGCUAUCCAUGGUUGAAGACCAAGGAUUCAAAAUCAUGGUCAGUGUACUAAACCCCGGAUAUACUCUUCCCUCAAGAACUAAUUUCACCAAACUAGUGGAGAGGAAGUACCAAGAGGCAUUUCAGAAUGUGAAGCAUGCCAUCAGCGCUAAUGACUGCAGAAUUGCUUUUACAGCAGACAUUUGGACAAGUGUAGCUACUGAGGCUUACCUUGGCAUUACAUGCCACUACAUGACUGGAAGCUGUCUUCUCUCUGUCUCACUACAAUGCCUCUUGAAGACAGACAUACAGCCGCAAACAUCGCAGAACGGAUAG